GCUAUUGACUAGCUUAAGCUGCUACUCUCUGUUAGGCUCAGUUUAGCUUUGUUUAUAUGCCAUUCUAAUCAACAAGUCAAUUAAUCAAUUCUCUAGAACAACCUUAUACCUUAUUGGCAACCUUAAAUUCCAGCCAAAGUACUGCACUUGCACUCUUGUAAGUGCAGGAUAUGCAAGAAAUGGAAAACCCAAAGGCUUCAACAGGUCAUCAGCUUGAGCCAAGGGAUACUUACAGAGUUGCUUAUGUAAUCCAUUUCUUGCUUGGUGCAGGCAAUUUGCUUCCGUGGAAUGCUUUCAUCACGGCUGUUGAUUACUUCGGUUAUCUCUACCCUUCCAAGCAUGUCGAAAAGGUUUUCUCCGUGGGUUACAUGAGCACCUCGGUGCUGGUUUUAGUUGUUAUGAUAAGUUCGAGUUCAUGCUGCCGGACAAAUCUGGCUCUGACUCGUAGGUUUAGACUGAACAUGGGGUUUUCCAUGUUUCUUCUCUCCCUAAUGGUGGCUCCGACUAUAGACUGGGUGUGGCAGGGUGGUUGGUCUGAAGAGAAACAGAAUGCAGCCUAUUUCGUGACGGUCACAGCCGUUGUAAUAUGCGGUUUAGCGGAUGGAUUGAUAGCAGGGAGCUUGAUAGGAUCAGCUGGAAAGCUUCCAAAACAGUACAUGCAGGCUAUUUUUGCUGGAACUGCCUCUUCAGGUGUGCUGGUUUCACUCCUGCGAAUAACAACUAAGGCUUCACUUCCACAAACCCCAGAGGGCCUGCGAGCAAGUGCUCACUUCUACUUUAUAGUCAGUGCAACUAUCCAGCUUUGUUGCAUUCUUUGCUGCAAUUUGCUAUACAAGUUACCAGUUAUGCAACAACAUUACAGGAUUCUUGGAGAUGACCCAUUUUGCUCCAGGCCACAGUUUUGGACCGUGGCAAGAAAGAUCUGCUGGCCAGCACUUGGGAUUCUCAUGAUUUACGUAGUGACCCUGUCGAUUUUCCCUGGAUUUAUAGCCGAGAACCUGGAGUCAAAAUUUCUACAGGACUGGUAUCCUGUUUUACUAAUCACAGUGUAUAAUGUGGCAGAUUUCAUGGGAAAGUCUCUGACUGCAAUAUAUGUUCUACAGAGCAUUAAGAAAGCUACAUGGGCUUGCAUAUCCAGGCUUUUAUUUUAUCCGCUUUUCACAGCUUGCCUCCAUGGACCGAAGUGGCUUAAGGGUGAAAUACCAGUAGUGGUGCUUACAUUUAUGCUCGGACUGACUAAUGGAUACCUAACAAGCGUGUUGAUGAUCCUAGCCCCCAAGACCGUACCAGUGUCAGAAGCAGAAUUAUCUGCAAUCGUGCUGGUCGUGUUCCUGGGGAUCGGUUUGGUCAGUGGCUCAGUUCUUGGUUGGUUUUGGAUCAUUUGAUCCCCUUCCUCAGCUCCCCUUGUCUCCCAACAGCUUGUUUUCCUUGCAAAAGGAAAAAAGCUUUGCCUUCAUGUGCUCCCCAAUCUGUGAAAAACACCAGAAGGAAAAAAUCCAAGAUCUAUCAAAAAAAUCUGGGUGUUAUCUUCUUUAGCUACACCAUACAUGAGUAAUUAAUUUGAUCACAGUUUUCCUUCA